AUGGCCAAAAAACAAUCUGGUUCUCUUAGCCAAUUUCUGAAAAAAUUUAAAAGUGAUGUUUUGCCCAAUGAUAAUUGUGAGUCCAACAAAACUGUAACCGAGCCUAAUUUACCGGGUACAUCCACAUCCACACAAUUUGUUGAUGAUUAUUCCGACCAUAAAGUAUCUUCAGAAUCAAUGGAAGAUUUAGAGGAUAUAGGGAAAUGGCCAAAAGUUACUGAAAAAAUCAGAGUACUUUUAAUCGAAAAAGGACCUCUUCAAACUAAACUGAUUAAAUAUCAAAAGGAUGCAAAAGGACGAAAAUUAAACAAUGCAUAUUUCAACCGGAAAAUGGAAAAUGGGGAAACUGUUUUAAGAACAUGGUUAUUAUAUUCCCAAUCUUUAGAUUCUGUUUUCUGCUUUUGUUGUAAGAUUUUUGCGACUCCAGAAUCUAGCAAUUUUACCGAAGGAUUUCAAGAUUGGGGAAACUUAUCAAAGGCCUUACAUCGACACGAAACAAGCAGAAAUCACAUGAAAAACUUUCUUAAAUGGAAAGACUUAGAAAGAGAAUUAAAAAAUAAAACUACCAUUGACUGUCAAGAACAAAUUAUAGCGGACAUGGAAAGGAAACAUGGAAUACUGCUUUGUGUUCACUAA